AUGAUCCAACGGAUUUUACGGACCGCGUUAUGGCCCGAGGAAAACGAACCUCAGAGCGAGUGGAAGAAGAGUAUUCAGGAAAAAGAAGGAGAUAUACUGUGUAUACCGGAAUUCACAUUCCAUGGCCAACAGGAAGACAGGGCCACACCGAACCCAGAGAUCUCCGAUUUGGCCAAAGCGCAGCACCGAUAUAAAAGCUUUAUGAAAAAGUUAAGCAACACUUACCGAGCGGAACUGGUGAAGAAUGAUGUCUUCGAAGCUAUGAUGGCUGUCCCGUUGAAUGGGGAUGCGCCUAUCGGUAUAUCCUACGACAGCACCGAUUCAGUAGUAACAAUCAAGAUCGUCACCCAGAGGGUGAAUGAGAAAAUGGCACGAAAAACAGAUGGAAACUGCUCCGGGAUUAACCUCCCUGCUUAA